UUCGACAUUUUCAACAGUGCAAGUGAAAGAAGCAGCAGAAGGAGAAAGUGCAGAAAGGAUUAGAAAGGAAGACAUUGAUCCUACUAAACCCUUUUUCAGUGACCAGGUCCGUUUCUUCAUCUAGGAUUCUUCUUUUACACAUUUUUCUACACUUUUUAUUCUUGUCCAGGUUUUUUCUCUUAGGUUUCAUUCCCCCGUUUAAUGUUCCUUGUGAUCCAUGGUAUGCGGAGCUUGAACAUGAUUUGGGAUAAUCAACUUGAUGCUGAUUCCUUCUACAGACUACAAACGCUCUGGGUGGCAUCUUGCGAAAAAUUGUUGAAUAUUUUUCCAAUUACUAUGCUUGGAAGGCUUCAAAACCUUGGCAACCUAGAAAUAACGAUGUGUGUUUCACUAGAAAAUAUACUUCAACAUCAAGGGCCAAGUGCAAGUGAAUCGCAAGCUUUGAAAUCUUCUCAAUCAACUAUGGUGGAAACGGCAAUAAACUUUGAAUUUCCAAAAGUAAGACGUUUGAUUCUUGCGGGUUUACCCAAUCUCAAGAGCUUCUACCCUCAAAUGCACACUACAAAAUGGCCAUCAUUGGAAACAUUGGUGGUAUUUAGAUGUAAUCAGGUGCAGAUACUUGCUUCAGAACUUUUGAGCUAUCAAAGAACAAGUGAAGAGACCCAACUUAAAAGUCAAAAUGAGCACCCUCUGUUUUGGGUCAAUAAGGCUACAUUCCCAAGUCUAGUGGAACUAACAGUGCUGAGGAACGACAGCAUGAAGGUGAUGUGGUACAGUGAUGAUGUGAAGGAAGGCAUUCUUUACUCCAAACUCGAGACUUUGAAACUUAAAGCUCUUCCAAGACUGGAAAGCAUCUGCUCAGGGAGUUGCAACUUUGAAUUCCCUUCUUUGAAAGAUGUACUUGUGAUGGCGUGUCCAAAUAUGCAGACUUUCUCUAAGGGAGAAGUAAAUACACCAAAACUGCAGAAAGUGAAACUGACAGAAGAUGAAGAUGAAAGAUAUUGGGGAGAUGGUGUUAAAAUGGUGAUGACUCUGAUGAAGACUGGUCUCACGCUUUACACAAGCUGUAUGAUUAAGUUGAUGUUUGAGAAGGUGAGCAGGUUCUCUGAUGCCAUCAACAUUACUUCUCUGAUAUAUUAGCUUUCCCUUCAAACAGAAACAACUCUUAUACAAUCUGUAAUAUAUAUGUUGAUGAUACUUUCUUCCUUGUAGGUUUGAGGUCAAAUCAAUGGUUAAACUUUUA